AUGACAUUCGUUUUUCGGCGUAUUUUCAUCAUUUGUCAUUUCUCCUUUUCAAUCUCUUUCCAAAAGAUUUUCCAGUUCCCUGGUUAUUUUUUUCUUCUUUUAUGUCUCUUUUCAACUGAAUAUUUUCAAUUGAAGGUUUCCAUUCGUCUCUGUUGCAGCACUUUGCUCCCAAUUUUUCAUAUAAAAAAACAAAAGAUUUUGGAAGAUAUAACGUCUUCCAAAUUUCUUUCCGUUCUCUUUUUCCUAUCCAUUCAUUCUUUCGCUAUUUCAUUCAAUUUUUUCUUCUUUUCUACUGAUGUCUCUAUUCUUUGUUAUUUUUGUCAAUUCUUCAUUUGUUUUUUUUUCUUUUCUACUCAUUCCUACGCGUUUUCACUAUUUCUUUCUCUUCCUUUUCUUUUUCUAUUCCUUCAUUCUAUUUUUUCAUUUCAUUCUCUUUGUCUUUCCCUUUUCAACAGAUUUAUUUAUUCUCAGCUUUGCUUAUCUUAUUUCUUUAUUGAUUUAUUUUCUUUCCAUAACCUCAUUCAUCCUUUUCGUCUCCAUUUCUUCUUCUUUUUCAUAGAUCCGUUUUCCUUUCUUUCUUUCAUUCCUUUGCUUUUUCUUUCUUUGUUUCUUUUAUUCUGA